GUGCGGCGGGCGGCAGCGGCUGUGGGGGCGGCGGCGGCGGCAGCGGCCUCCACGGAGACGCCAAGUCGCCCCCUGCGCCCCACAACAAGGCGCUCGCCGGCGUCAAAGGCGACCAGCAUCCCUCGAUGGCCUUCCUGCAGAACCGGUCUAUCUCGCUGGUGGACAUGUACAUUGACAACUCGGAGCCGUCGGAGAACGUCGGCCAGAUACACUUCAGCCUGGAGUACGACUUCCAGAACACCACGCUCAUUCUCAGGAUCCUAACGGCGAAGGACUUGCCCGCCAAAGACAUCACGGGUACUUCGGACCCUUACGUCCGCGUCACGCUGCUACCUGACAAGAAACACCGGCUGGAGACAAAGAUCAAGAGGCGCACCCUCAACCCGCGCUGGAACGAGACCUUCUACUUUGAAGGGUUUCCCAUUCAGAAGCUGCAGAGCAGAGUACUGCACCUCCACGUCUUUGAUUACGAUCGCUUCUCUCGAGAUGAUUCCAUCGGCGAAGUUUUUCUUCCUCUCUGCCAGGUGGACUUGUCAGAGAAGCCAUCGUUCUGGAAGGCGCUGAAGCCGCCAGCCAAGGACAAGUGUGGGGAGCUGCUGACGUCCCUGUGCUACCACCCCAGUAACAGCAUCCUCACCCUCACUCUACUCAAGGCUCGCAACCUCAAAGCCAAGGAUAUCAACGGAAAGUCAGAUCCCUAUGUGAAAGUAUGGUUGCAAUUUGGAGACAAACGGAUUGAGAAACGUAAGACCCCCAUCUUCAAAUGCACUUUGAACCCCAUCUUCAAUGAGACUUUCAGCUUCAACGUGCCGUGGGAAAAAAUAAGGGAAUGUUCUCUGGACGUAAUGGUGAUGGACUUCGACAACAUAGGAAGAAAUGAACUGAUAGGCCGCAUUCUCUUGGCUGGUAAAAAUGGCUCUGGAGCAACCGAGACUAAACACUGGCAAGACAUGAUUACAAAACCCCGACAGACAAUUGUACAGUGGCAUCGACUGAAACCAGAAUAAGGGCAGCAGUUCAGUAUUUCACUACCGUAUUUACUAUUUUUUUGUGUCACGUCCUUCCUGACUUGAUGAAGAGUAAUUGUUUGCUUCCUGCGUAAUUUACAUACAUGUAUUCGUUGAUAAUCGCCCAAGAAAUUCUCUUUUAGAAAAUUUAAUCCAUACUGCCACAGUUACAUUGUUUUAAUUUGUUUCAGUAUGAACUCUGAUCUCUUUGGAAACUUCACGGUCGGUCCAUUCACAGUAAUAAACAUUCCCAUACCAUUGUUCCCACUGUUGCUAGUACAUAUAUCUGUUUGAUUUUGGAUUUGUCUACCACAACAGCAAAUAUAUUGUGCAGUAAAUACGGUAGAGAACUGGGAAAUAAAGUAAGAAUUAUAAAAAUGUGUAUAUAUAAAAUGAUGAUGUAGUCUCUCUAUACUCAUCUGUGUCUAAGACUAGUUGCAUGUUUACAUAUCUGUUGAUCAUCUGUUAUUCAGCUGUCUGAAACGUAAUUCCUUUGCUACACCUUGCAGUGUUAAUAGUUAUACCACUAAUAUCAUGAACUGAUAUCAUGUUAAUUUUAUUCUUAGGCCACAUAAUUAUUUUGGCUUCUCUGGAGUACUAUAAAACCUUUUAUGCUUGACAAUGGAGCAUAUUUUAUCCCACUGUACCAUAUACUUCUGUGCUCGAUAUGUACAUACAUGAUCUCUCUCUGACAUUGUAUUCUUAUCAUCAGCUAUGAGUGUAAUGCUGUUUACAAGUAAGUGGAAAAUUUUAUAGUCUAUCUGAUGUAUCAUAACCAGAUUAGCAAAUAAGUAGCGUAAUGGUAGUGUGAAAUAAUUUUUCUAGAAUACUAUUUAUUUAUGUAUUUUAAAUAUCUAUUGAAGAAGGUAUGUGUGCCCCUCAAAUUGUGACCCUAUCCUUGAAAUUCUCCUUUUUUGGAAAAAAAUCAUGUAUUCUCAAGAGAGUCUCCCUUUUAACAUAAAUUCUCAAAUAUAGCAUAAAAGUGAUCAUUACACCAGCAAAAAUUACAUAGCAGGAAGAGUAAAGCUGAAAGAGAAUAUUGGGGAUAAUAUUAACAGAGAGACAAUUAUUACUAAAACUGAACACAAUCUGAUUUGAGUUGCAUAGUUACGUUUACCACAAAUUAUUAAAAGUGAUGUAACAUAUAAAUUGUUACAUAUUUCUU